UCCCUCUUUCGCAGGACCAACCGGAGAGAUGCGAGAAAGCGAGAGGCAGCUAUAUUAAGUCCAACGAGUAUUGGGAAAAUGUCCUUCGAGGUGGAUGCCGAAUCCGGCGACGUCUCAGCCGAGCCCGCGGAGCUGAAGAAACUGCUGGAAUGGGAGCUGAGCCUCGACUCGGGCGACCUGCGCUCGCAUGCAUGGUACCAUGGCACCAUUCCGAGGGCGCGGGCCGAGGAGGUGGUGCUGAAGGAAGGCUCCUUCCUCAUCAGAGACUGCAUAUCUCAGCCCGGUGACUAUGUGCUAACCUGUCGAUGGAAUAGUACUACUCUGCAUUUUGUCAUUCAGAAAACCAUUGUUCAGCCAAAUACUGUAUAUGAAAGGAUCCAGUACCAGCUGGAGGACGAUGCCUAUGACACCAUACCUGACCUGGUGAGAGCCUAUGUGGGGAACAAGAGGCCCAUCACCAUCUCAUCAGGUGCCAGAAUCACCACACCCAUUAAUCGUACACAGCCCCUCAGUUUCUAUGCUUCCAAGUAUGCAGCUCAGACCGCCCACACUUUUGCUCAUGGAACUCUCAGCAGGCCUAUCAAUAGGUCCUCUGAGCCCACACCGAGGAGUGGAGGACUUCCUGGGAGCACGCUAAGGCACCAACAUUCCUACAGUGGUCCUGUUGCUGUAGGGUGCACUGUGGUAAGAAGUCCUGCACAUUCCCCUCCUAGGAUGCGUCGCGACACAGCACCAAUAUUGCCGAUGAAGACUAGGAGCAGUAGUACCUCCAGACCUCCUGACGACCCUCCUGAAGGUGGAACAGAGAGAAGUGUCAGCAACGAUGGAGUGAUUGGUCCACGCCCCUCUGUUGUGCAAAGUAAAUUUUCUUCAGUAUCACUGCCAAGGAAGAUGACAACGAAAGCCUUUACUGUAGCAUCUGAACAUCCAUCCACAAUUCUUGUAGAUCCAGGUCAAGAUGAAAAUGUAAUAACAGAGAAGAAAGAAGAACUAGCUCAUCAGCCUCCACCAAAGCCUUCAAGAGUACCAUCCUUUAAAGUUAAGCCAAAGAAACCACCACAGACAAUAACAAAUGAACGGAUUUAUGCAGAGAUUGAUGAGCGUGAUGAGGAUGAAUCUAAGGAUUUAAAGAAACACAUUCCUGCUGAUGACUUAGUAACACCAACUGAAACAGAAAGGGGGAAGACUGAGAGUACGACAACAUUGACAGACACUGCAUCAAAUCCACGUUACUCACGUUUAUCUGAAAUGUACCAGCCCUCUGGCUCUGACUCAGGAAAUGGCUCUGGUGACUCUGUACAGACCUCUGCCAGUGAUGCCAGAAAAUCUUUUUACAGCCGUGAUAGCCAAGCCUCCUUUGGUGACAGUGGAAGUGUACAGUUAGAGGAAGACUCAAUGGUUGAAGAGGAACCAGUGCUCUACAGCUUGCCUGAUGUGCUUCCAACUACAGCCUUCGAUUUGGAAAAUUUUAAUACUCUUCUUUUAAACUCAUUAGAAAACAAACCUUUGGAUUCCACUGCACUUAAAGGCGUCAAGAACACUCUACUAGAAAGUGGCUCAAGAAUCUUAGCUGCCCAUCUAACCCGUGCUGACCUAGAACUCUUGAAUGGAAAAGCUGAAAGUGACUUUGGUCUUGGUGUGACUUCAGGCAUUGAGCUUGUCACUCUACCUCAUGGAGCUCAGCUUCGGACUGAUCUGAUUGAAAGGACAGAGUGUCUGAAGCUCUUGGUUGCAGUGACCAUUCUGAUGGCAGGAGACCUUAAUGAGCGGGCAGAGAUUAUCCACAGAUGGAUACAGGUAGCUGUUGAUACAAAAACAGCAAUGGGAAAUUUGUAUGGAUUUACAGGCAUCAUGUUGGGUUUAUGCAUGCCAGAGAUCCAAAGGCUUACAAACACUUGGCAUACAGUGCGGCAGAAGUUUACAGACUCUGCUUUCAAUUUUGAAUCAAAGUUGCGCUCAACUCUAAAGGCCAUGAAUGAGUGCACAAAUCCACAAGCUCCUAAUACCACUAUCCCUCACAUACUGCCCUUUAUGCUGCUCUGUGAACGAGACUUAGAUGAUAUUUAUGCAAUGCAUAAGCAUGGUUCUUCAAUCCUUCAGUGGGAAAGCACAGCAGCAGACUAUGGGAUGCUAAUGCUCUUCACACACCUUCAAGAAGCCAGAGCUAUUACACAAAACUUGAGUCUGUAUAAACGAAAUUCAGAGCACAUCUUGUCAGACUCCAACAUCCUUGAUGAUCUCACUUUAGAUAUGUUCCGUUCAGAGUUUCACUUGAAGUUCCUAUGGGGUAGCAAGGGUGCUACAGUUGAAAGCGAAGAACGACAUGUAAAGUUUCAGAAGGUUGUCAGUACGUUGUCAGAGAGAUGCGAGCCUUCCCCAGGUGCUUCGUGAAUUGUUAUGCUCAAUUAAAGAUAUUCUUCCCAGUGCUAUAUGUAGCUGAAACAGUUUUAUCUAAUAGAAUUGAUUAAUAUCAGAUUUAUCCACAUUGAUGACCUAGAUAAAUUUUGCACUGUGAUGGCAUUUAAGAAAUUAGAUGGCAUGGCUUCAGUAUGUUACAUAUAUCAAUAGAAAGAACAUUCUCAAAUGACAUCAGAUGUCAGACCUUAUAUUGUAUUUUCUAGGAAAAUGCCAAGUUGGUGUAAUUCCUGUUUUGCAAAUACUUCAGUUCAUUUAUUUAUGAUAUACUGUGAAAAUUACAAGAGAAACUCCUUUGGUGCAGCCUUAUCAAGAAACUGUUGAAUGUGCUUGUGUGAAUGGCUCCAUAUCUCCUAUAUGUAUAUAUGAUAUGUAUGAAUUUAAUGCAUGUAUGUCACUAUAUAUAUGUGUGUGGGUUGUGGAUAUUUAUGUAUAUAAAAUUUUGAAAACUAUAUGUAACAUAUCACAGUGCAUAUUUAAUGUGUUAUCAACCGACUUGAGCCUGGGAAUGUCUGAUGUGAUAUGAUUUAAUAAAUCAAGUAAAACUGUACUUGCUAAUACUAAGACAGUAUUUAUUGUUGGCUCAGCUGUGAUUUUAAAUGACUAAUAGUGGUGACACUUUCUGUAGCAAACAGGCAUAUGUCCUUUCAGUCAUCAGACAAAUGUAGGCGCAUUUACAGUGUCAGUGAAUGAAUAGAAGCUUGGUCAGCAGAUACACUAAAUGUUUUAUCAACAGACAUAUGUUAUGUCUGUGCAAAAAUAAUGGAUGUAAGAGUAUUUUUUUCUUUCUUUUUUGUACAAAAAGUCAAAUCAAUGCAUAACAUGAAGGUGCUUAUCAACCUGGUCAAAAGUAAAAAUAGUUUUAUUCCUAUUUCUUUCUUCCUUUCCCUUUUCAUCUUUACUUUCUUUUAAGGGAGUGCAUGUGAACACUUCACAAAUCAAUAAGGAAAGUAAAUUACACCUUUGCAAGUCAGCCACUCACAUACCCACUAUACUAUUCGAAAAAGGGUUCAUUACUCAGUGGCAUGGUGAUUGGUUUUGAUGAUUACUUAUGAUCAUUUUUAUACAAUAAGUAGGGAAUAUGCUGCUUUUAUCUUAAGUAGGGCCAUGAAUGUUAGUAAGUGGACUUCCCUCACUCUGAAUUUGAAUGUACUUAUGGUAAUUUCUUUUUUUUUUCUUUUUUUUCUUUUUAACUAUGGUAUGUAUUCUUGAAAUGAGUACUUAUAAACUGCAUAUUAAUAUUUCUGUCUUUUACACUCACUACUGUUUUGUAUGUAUUUAGCUUAUUUGUCAGUGUUUCCACGUGAACUUGAAUCUGUGUUCCCUACGCAUACUUAAGAGACAUAGCACUAAUUAGCUCUAGUCACAUGGCAAGUCAGUACCGAUGACUGUCACUUUCUAUUGUAUAUAACUGCAUGACUUUGUACUUAUUGUAAAUAUAUGAGGAAUACAGUUUAA